AUGACGCACAUAUUUUACUUGCUCCUUUGCGUAAUGGGUGUAAUAUCAGCUCCCGUGGAUGACCCAGUUCGCAUUGACUUACCAGUAUACGAUCAACCAGAAUCUGCUUCGAGUACAACUGUAACUGAAGUCCCGGAACCAGAGAAUUAUCCCGGAUCUGAAAAUAAACAGCCACAGAGCAAGCAAAAACCUGUACAACCAGUCUCGAUUGUCUUGGACAGCAAAACAAAUUCAAAUACACUGAUUGGCUCAGUGAACUACGGCGGUGGUCUUUUUAAGCCGCCCGUGACAAGACUCGAUGGUGCUUUAUUAGAAACAGAGGGAAUUGGUAGCAAGAUCUUAUCCGUAAAAGAAAACGCGCAAAAUGUUGUAGCCGGAAUUUUUCAGCCUCAGCCAUUAGUGGACACAAUUAAAGAGGAAGAAAAGUAUGGCAACACCGGCGAUAAGUUCCAGAGUACGGGACGAGCUCUGGUCAAUGGCGCCGAAGGAAUUUCUAACUUCGUGAAUUCAAUACUUGAAGUUCCUGGAAAAAUAUUUCGAUCCAUAACACGAGCAGCGAGCGAAAAGUUAAAUAAUUUGGGCGGCAAACUUGUAGGAUUAUAGAAUCAGUGCGUUAUUAAGGCAAGCACACAGGAUACUCAUAUCUAAGUAAUAAUAGCCGAAUGUAAACUGCUCAUAACCUUCCACAAAAUAUUGCUUUUGCCGAAGGACGUUAAUGCUUAAGGAGUUCUCCCGGCAUUUCACCAACAACUCCUUUAUUGUGACGAGCGUACAUUGCUUACCUACUUACAUUACUUAAUAGAAACGCAACCAGUGCAAUACUUAUUAUUGUGUAGUUGAGGUGUCCAUCCGUGUUCGUCAUCAUCAUUUUUACUUAACCAAAUGGCGGUUUUCGACAACAAAUGUUCAAGUUACUUUUAAAAAUACUGAA